UUCAAUUCUCAUCAUGGAAUGAUGGAAAAGAAUGCAGGGAUUCUGGAGGAGCAUUGAAUAAAUUUACUGUUACUAGUUGAUCUCAUUUUUGUAUUCUGUUUUGGACGAUAAUGGAAUCACCAUUGAAGACAACGCCGACGAAAAAACGUCGUCGAUCAGACCAAUCAUUAUCACCGCGAUCAUCACCAAAAUUCAUGAAACCAUCGGAAUUGUUUCGACGACGAUUACAGCAAGGAAACAUCAAAAAACAACAUCAUUCACCAAGCAAAGCUACAGCUGCUCUACGUCGAUGUAAAUUGCCAAUCGAAACAGUGGAGAAAAUAUAUUCACCAUUAAAAUGUUUGCAAUUGAAAUCACAACAACAAUCCGGUGCUCUUCACCAACAACAACAAUCCAUUCAAACAUCGAAAUCACCGAAAGCCAAAGCACUUUCGUUUUCACCAUUGAUGAAAAAAUUGCAACGUUCACCCGGACGUUCACAGAUCUCAUUCCCGGUUGUUAAACGUUGCUUGCAUCAGUCAUUCGCUAUGCGUACUGCUAAGAAUACAUUCACCCGAGUAUUGGAUUUCAAUGAAGAUGCUCAAACAUCGUUCCCAUCAUCGGGCACCUUUCUCCAUCAUCAACAACAGAAACAGACUGCUGCAUCGGAUUUUUACCCACUCAAUUCGCCACAAAUCGAUUGGAGUCUUAAAACACGUAUCAAAAUAGUUGUUAACCGUUCGAUACCAUUUCAUGGUUCAUUCAAUUCUGUCGAUGAAGCAAACGGUCUGAAUCAAUUCGUGCGAGGUUGUUUGCACCAACAACAACAAUCAAUCGACAAUGACAACAUUGACACAACCAAAUCUUGUCAACCAGAAUCGAAUUUUUGUUGCGAACUUCAACGCCAUUGUCUUGUAUGGCAGCAUCCGCAUUUAUCCUGGAUGCAUCUAUUUCCCCGACAACCAGAAUUGAAACCCGGCACACAAGUAUCGUCAAUGAAACCGCCGAUAUUUCAGAUAUCACCAACCGGAUCAAUAGCCGAUUCCUUGCAUUCUGAUUUUUGUCUGGCAUUACAUUCUUUGUUUAAAUUACUUAAAACCAAAUAUUGUCCUUAUUUUUAUGUUUGUGCCAAUAAUUUUACCGUCCUAUUUCGUGCAUCAGGUGUAGCCAAUUCGAACGAAGCUCAUGCAUUGAUCACACCGACAACGAUUGGUUUUCGACGGUUACUCGAAACGGAAGCAAUUUCAUUCGAAAUGCCAUUCCAUCACCUUAAUUCAUCAUCUCCUUCUUCAGGCAAUCAGGAUGAUCAUUCCAAGACAUCCACUUCAUCUUCGGGUAUCGAAACUGAUUUGGAAGACAUUCAUGAUGAUGAUGAUGAUGAUGAAAAAGACGAAGAAUCAUCCAAUCUUUGGUUAGAAAGUCUAGGUCUAAGUCAACAGGAUUUUCCCAGCCUCGAAACAUCUUCGUUACGACGACGUCGAUUGAUGACGACAAACGUAGGAGCCACCCCUCAAGCCACCAAUGCUCAUCAUAACAGAAAACGAAUCGAAGAUCAAAGUGCCCAGGGCAAAGUUCGAAGUCUGAUUCGUGUGAAUGGAAUAGGACAGCUGCAGGCAUUGUUGGGCUUGUUUAUAAAUCAACGAAAAAUUUGUAUCUCCACUUCGGGUGCAUUGGCCGGAAUUCCACCCACAAUAUUGGCGCCUGUUGCAUUUCAUGGAGCCUGUUUGCGUCCAAUUAGUGUUCGCCAUAAAACGACUGGCAUGAUGACAGCCACCAAUAGCAAUCCGACUAUAACCACAUUGGAUUUCAAUGGACCUUUACUGCCGCAUGCCAUCUAUGGAUUGACGCAGCUAUUAACACGAUUAUUUUCACAACAAGAAAAUUCUAUCACCAAAAUCACCGUCAUCCGCAGUACAUUACGAACAUUUGAUCAGAGUGCAUCGUUUGCAUUGGAAUCCGGUUUGAGAAUGAUGCUUAAAGAGCAAAAUUCUAUUGACCAAGACCAAUGCAAUCCAACGUUUUCGGUGGAAAAUCUCAACGAUUCCGGUAUGGAUCGCGAAUUUUUAAUGGCCAUUUGUGCAGCUGAUCGUCAAUUUGGACAACCAGUUGGUGAUUUGGAAUUGUUGGCUCAGGGCAUUCGCUACAAUCGAUUGUUGUCGGCGGCGGCGGCACAACAAUCUAUGAGAACAAAACCCUUGCUUUCGACUGCAAAUCAAAUGGAAUAGAGUGUAUAUUAUUGAAUAAUAUUGAUUAUUAUUGAAUAUAUGGCAAUUUUAAUAAAUUUAAUAAAAUUAUUCAACUUA